UUCUCGGUCUAUGGUCGACAAGGUUAUAAGUCGGAUGAGUGAUCUGCACUCACGAGUCUGAGCCCAGAAAGGAGUGAGGCAGGGAGGGAUGGGAGUUUAUUAAAAGGGCAGUUGCCUCCCUCUCAUCUGCGCAUGAUUCAUCCAUGCCCCUUCUCAAACCGCUCUUUCUUCUUUCUUCCUCGCAAGAAAGAAACUACAGAAAAGAAAAAGAACAACAAUACCAACCUUUUCCAUAGAUCAUGAACUCGCUCUGCUUUCUUUAUUCGAUCUUUCUGUCUGCAUCUGAAACUGCUGCCAGUACGUACGUAGUAUAAUAUUAUUAUUAUUAUUAUUAUUAUUAAGAACUGUGAACAGGCUGUGAUGAUAUGGACUUCCGUGUUUCUCUUCCUUUCUGGGCUACUAAUUUUGAGGCAUCUGGAAGACCCGAUCCGUAUCUUGGCGGGGCAACCCGGAAAAGGACCCGGUUGUUGCAGCCAUGGCAGUCUCGGCUAUCCAUUUCCCUCGGGAGAAACAGAUCUGAGCCUCUCAAGGGAGUUUUCUGUAAAUUCCAUAAAAAUUUGAUAUUUUUUUUUUAUGCAAUAAUAAAAGUUUUACUCUUAGGUGUAUCCUUUGAUUUUUAUGUGUAUAAGGAGUAUUUAAUUUUCGUUUAUCAGUAGAUUUCCUCGUUUAUCAGUAAAUCUAAGUACUAUCCUACCAAAUUCCUUUUGAAAUUUAAGUGCAACUAUUUUUGUUCAUUUUAGCGUAAGACGUAUUAGGAUGUUUUUACUUUGGACUGAAAUUCUGGUUUGCUUUAGGCUCUGUUUAAGUCUUGUCUUAUUCGGAACUGAAAACAGUCCAAACAAAAACAUCCUUGGAGUGAAAUCUUGAUGAAAUCUGACAUUUACCACCAUUAUAGCAAUAUAUCACUUAUACCAAUAUCAAUUAUUUAAAAAUUUAGCCGACAAAACAUGUAGCUUCAUAUUUGUUAUUUUUAAUAGUAGUUUUUAAAGUAAAAACAACCGACAAGAAGUUAUAACUCCAUUGCUGAAAGCUAUAUUUUUGUUGCUUUAUAGUACACAAUUGAGAAAUGAAUAUUGAACUCUCACACUUUUUUCUAUGUAUGUUUUGAAUCAACUGAUGAAGUGAUCUAUUGAGUGAAAUAAGAGUCAAUCUGGAGUGUGCGUUUAUUUUGAUAACUGUUUACUCCCUCUGCCCCCUAUUUUUGUCCCAUUUUACCUUUUUCGUUCAUCCUACUAAAUUUGUUCCAUUCCAUAUUUGGUAAUAUAUGAGUAGUUACCAGAAACAUAAAUGUGCAUAUUUUUACAUCUUUCCAAUAUGUCAUGGGAAUGACCAUUCUCACGAUAGAUUAACUAUACACACACACACACACACAAGUAUACACUAUACAACAUCCAAGCCUUAUUUCCUAAAGAGUUUGGGGUCGGUUGACAUGAAUCGAUGCAUGAUAUCGGAGUUAAAACAAUAUAUAGAGAAAGAUGGAGAGCAGUGUAAGAUCAAUCCAUAUACACGUACUCAAACAAUGAGCAUCACAGUAUAUUCAUCCUUCUGUCCUAAUUUUUCUGGGGUGGACUGGAGGAUAGGGAUUGCAUAACUGGGUGAUGAUGAUAUUUAGCCCUUCCUUUUCAUUCUCGGCAUUGAUGUGAUCUGACCCGUAUCUUGGCGGGGCAACACUCAUGGUUCAUGAGUCUCAUCACCCUCAUGAGCACCAGAUGUUUGCAGCCAUGGCGGAAUCUUAAAUUUGCCUGCCUGAUAACUGUUGGCUUUUCUGAACCUUUGUUUGGGUAAUUGAAACUGCUUUGAUUUUCUCCCUGAAAAUUCUUAUCAUCUUAUGAGUUGAUAACUUGAAGAUCAUUUAUUUAUUUAUUUAUUUAUUUAUUUAUUUAAGGUUCCACUGCCCUUCCAAGUUCUAUUCUUAAGGUUGGUCUGAUGUUUUGGAUGAUGAGGCCUCUAUAUGAACUCUUAGACAGUAAGUGAGUUUUAAAGGGUGGUGGCUAACUGUCUUUGGUGUUCUUUUGGCUAAUAAUAACCCUCACAUGAAUAAUUACUCUCUCAGAGAGUAUAUGUACACACUAUGAGUGUGUGUGUAUGAAAAGGCAGUGAUGAUUCACGUGACUAGAUUAUAAGGCAUUUCGAGGAUGCAGCCCGUAUGGCGCGGCAAUCUGGGAAGCCUCAGUUUUGCAGCCAUGGCGGUUCGGUCUCCCCAUUGCCUGAUGGAAACACAGAUCUGAGCCUCAAUAGAAGAGUUACUCUUAUGAAACUGGCUUUAAAGUAUUACCCUUAAAAAAUUCAUGGGAUAACUAUCAAAUAGUCCAUUGUACUAGAGCGAAAAUGUCGAUUAGCUAAUGUUUUGGGGGCUGUGAUGAUUAUUUGAUGCUCUACUAAUUUUGGGGGCAUUUUGUGGAUCCAAUCCGUAUCUUGGCAGGGCAUUUCUGGAAUGGUCCGGUUAUUGCAGCCAUGGCAGAUCAGUCUUCUCAUUGACUCGGGGGUGUUUGGAAUUGAUUAUACUUCUGCUUCUUUUUUAAAAGCAGAAGUAGAAUGGGAAUCAGUUUUCAAAAGCUGGUCUCUCCAGCUUCUAAAAACUGUUUCUAAGAGCAAUUUCGAGCACUCAGAAGUACUUCUACACUUCACCCAAACACUUCAAUAUAUGCUUCUGUUCCUUUUUAAGAAGUAGAUUCAAACACCCCCUCAUUAGAAAAGGAUGAGGCGCCACAGGUGAGUUCUUUUGUUGGGUGGUUGCCCUCCCUCUGCUGUAGCCAAUGAUUUACUCCAACUUCGAAAACAAGUAACCAACAACCCUCCUUAUUCUCUCAGAGAAUAUAUGUGCAGUAUGUAUGUAUGUAUAUAUGUCAGAAGAGGCUGUGAUGAUUGUUUUAUGCAACUAAAUUUUGGGGUAUUUGGUGCAUCCAAUCCGUAUCUUGGCAGGGCAAUUCUGGAAUUGCCAGCAUAUUGCAGCCAUGGCGGAUUGCUCUUCUCAUUACCUCCUGUAGACACAAAUCUGAGCCUCCGCAAAAGAGUUCAGGAAGAACAGCCCUUAUGAAAGUAUUUUCAACCAUGUUGUACAUCUCAAUAGAAAAGGAUGAGGCACCAGAGGUGAGUUUGGGUUUUUUCUGGGUGGUUGCCCUCCUUCUGUAGCUAAUGAUUUCCUCCAGCUUUAAAAAUAAUUAACCAACAACCCUCUGCAUUCUCGUAGAGAAUAUCUAUGCAGUAUGUAUGUAUAUGCAUGCAUUUCAUCAUCAUCAUCAUCAUCAUCAUUACCCCGGUGCCUCAAAGGCUCCCACCUACGGUGAGGUCGGAUGUACUUAGCUUUACCCCUGUACCUUGGCUGUGUAAGUUUGUCACAAAUAUCUUAUUUUUUGUUUGCAGCUUUCCGUUUUCCUUUCUAAUUUUCUUUGCGUUGUCUUGUUUGGAUGCAAAUGGACCCUGCAUCUGAGGCUGUGAUGAUUAUUGUUAAUGAAAAUUUCAGAUUUUCAGUCUGGCUUGUAUUUUGGCGUGGCAGAUUUUUUUCUUGCAGCCAUUGCAGAUUUGUUGUAUUUUCGAUUGAUAGAGUAAAUGUUAUCCUGAGCCUCAUUUUAUUUGUUUUCGUCUUUAUUGUAUUGAAAUUUAUUUAUUCAUGGUUUUUCCUAUAAUAUUACUGAAGUAAAACUUAUUGUUACUAGUGUCAUUGUGUAGAUACCACAAUCGUCACUACUCACUGAUCCAUGUUCACUUCAAAAGUACAACUAUUAUCACUACAUAAUAAAAGUCAUACUACUAUUUGUUUCCAUUAUUUUUAAUACUACUAUUUGUCAUAUAUUUGCCUUUCCAGAUGUCCAUUGAUUUCCUCCACUGUUGAAGAAUGUGUAUUCAACAACCCUUUUUAUUCUGUCAUGGUUAGUUUGUUGGGAAGGCCAAGCUUACACCUUGAUGCAUAUUUGAGAUUUUAUAGAAGUUGAAAGAUUAACACAACACUUGAUCAUAAAUCAUUUCGAUUAACCUUUAAUACAUCUGUAGAAACAUUUUAUUAUCCAGAUAUAGACUGAGGGUCUAAGGCAGAGCAUUUGAUGUUUGUGACCGUGGCAGCUUCACAAAAUUGUUUAGGCUAUCAUUAGUCAUUAUCCGCUUUUAUGAUCCUCCAUUCGGGUAAUAAAACAUGCAGUAAUUUUCACCAUCAGAAAUACUUGGAGUUGAUAACUUGUGGAGUAUUGUUUAAACUUCCAUUACUUAGGAUUGGUCUGAUGAGAUUUUAUAUGAAUCUUGGACAGGUAAAUGAGUUUUUUGAGGGUGGUUGCUCUCUUUCUGCUCUUUAUUAGCCAAUGACUCUUUACCAUAAAGCAUGAUAAGUGAGAAGUCCCACAAGACAACACCCUUGGAGAACUAUGAGAAGCUAAUGGCGCUCCUGAGUAGGGGUGUGCACCGGUUCGAAACCGGACCAGACCGAAUUGGAUUGAAACCGGAACCAAAUCAGAUUUGGCAUGAUAUAGAAACAAAAAACCAGACCAGAUGUGUUCUGGUUUUUAUCCGGAAAAGAGCAAGUUUAUCCGGUUCCUGACCGGAAAAACCGGAACUGGACCGAAAAACCGAUUUCUGAAUAAAUAAUUUUUUUCUUUACUAAAAAACCUAAUAAUCAUAAAAAAACCUACUAAUCAUUUGAUAAAGAUGGAGUACUUAUUUUUAAAAAUAUUACUUUUAUUAUUAUUGUUUUCUAAACUCAUUUUAAUUAUUUUUAAUGAGCAAAUAUUAGAGUAACUUGAGACUAGAAUAAUAUCUAUUAGUUAGUUUUAUUAUUACGAGAAUAAAAAUGAAUGGAUAAAUGUAAUAUUAGGUAUGGUUAAAAAGGCGCUUAUGAGGUGAGUUCUGAGGCACGCCUCAAGCUGAGGUGUACUGGUUGGGUAUCAAGGCUUAGGUUUUUUUCGCAGGUAAAGAGGCGUCAUAGAUUGAGGCACACGCCUUGAGGCGUGCCUUGAGGCGUUUGUUGAGGCGCACGCCUUGAACACUUGCGCAGUGACUUAAAACAGGCCCAAGUAUUUCAUUUAAUAAAAAGCCCAGCGUUCUUUCUAAAUAGAAGUCCAUAUACUAAACCCUAACAAGUCUUAUUUCAUUCAAAUCCUGAUAAGGAUUUGAAGGAUUUGAACCUUAACGUAUACUUUCUAUUCACCUACGCAAAGAAAUCUCUCUUCUCCUGCGACAUUUCUUUACAACAGCCCAAAAGCUGCCGGGUAACUUUUCUUCUCCAUCCCCUUCUCUUUCUCCUAUUCUUAUUCAACUCAUCUCCUUCAUUUCUUCUCCUUCACUGCUUUUUAUCCUUCUUUUACAGAACCGUUCUUCUUCUUCUCCUUCACUGCUUCUUAUCCUUCUUUUACAAAAUUGUUGUUCAUGUUUUCUAAGUGGUAACGGAUUUACUUUGCUUCCUUAGUCAUGUCAUUAAUAAUACUUCUGUGUAGAUUUAGUUUAAUGGUGAGAGGUUCAAAGAAAUGAUGUCAUGCUUCUACUGCUACACCUAGUAGUUCUGAAGGCCCUGGUGAUGAAAUUUGUGUGGGUUAUUUCUGUGUGUUUGUGAGAUUGUGAUGUGUCUGUUUUUGUGAGAUGUUUCUUUUUGUGUGUUUGAAGUAGGGGUGGACUCGGGUCCGGGUCAGGCCUAGUCUUGUGCGGGCCGGCGGUUCAGAAAUGGUGGACCCGGGACCGGCCCGGGUAACCACCGGGUCCGGUCCGGGUCCGGGCUGGGCCCAUUAUAAUUUUUUUUUUUGUUUUCCUCUUCCUAAUUAACCCUCUCCCACCCCCAACCCCCAAACCACUCCAAAUGGCCCAAAAUACCUAGCCCAACCCGAAAAUUUAAAAAAAAUUGAAAAAAAAUAUAGGUUUUGGCCCGAACCAGGCUCGGGCCCGGCCGGGUUGGGCCUUGUUUUGGGUGACCCGAGCCCCGGACCGGAAAACCCACGGGCCAGGCCUACCCGGACCGGUCACUGACCGGGCCACCGGGUCGGGCCGGGCCAGAACAGUACCGGUCCCGGGCCGGUUCUGGGUCGUGCCACCUGGGCCGAUUCCGGGUCGGGCCACCCGGCCCGAGUCCACCCCUAGUUUGAAGCCUAGUGACUUACUAGUAAUAGGUCACUUGUAUUUGUGUCUCACACUUUUUGUUACUAGUUUAAUUAUAUCAAGUUUUAUAUGUCUGUAUUUUUUGAGGCUUAUGCCUCAAUACGCCUCAAGGCUUAUGCCUCGCCUCUUGGGAACAAACCUCCUUGAAACCCGAAACCGCCUUUUUAAACCUUGAUAUUAGGAUAAUAUAUAUUAUAAUCAUUAUGAAAUUGAUUGCUAUUAUAUAUUGUUAUUAGUAUAGAGUAUUAAAUUUUAUUUUGUAACUAUUAUUAUAUUAGUAUUAGUAAAUACAUUUUUAACAAUAUUGCGAAAUCGGUUAAAUCUGGUUCCAACUGGAAUAAUCCGAUUUUAAAUCGGAUUGUGCACACUCCUACUCCCGAAGUCCCGAGUCCUGAAUCCCAAUCUUAACCUGAAGCUCUUACACCAGACUUCUUCAAAUCUGUGAGUGUGAUACAGAAUGGUUUAGUGUUGUAUCAUACUACGCGCUUGGAGAAUUAGAAUUGAACUUGAAUCCAAGUGGAGAAUGGUUUUGGCCCAUUUUUUACUGGCUAAAGACUAUUCAGGAGGAUCCUUGAUUAUUCUUUUUGUAAUGGAGAAAUGAAUGACUAGAACAAAGUGGCACCUGUGUAACUACCGUCGAAGAAAGCCCAUUAUUACCCUUUCUAC